AUGAUCGACGUCGAAGGUAAGAGGUCGUUCACCUCUCAGAACAUCAAGGACGAGGACGGCAAAGUCCCCACGUUUAUUCGCCAACGGUGGGCACGGUGGUUCCACAAGCUUCUCAACACCAAGUCGCCGACCAUCGACCUGCAUGCGGCUGACAAGGUCAAGCGGUGGCCCACGUGCGUGCCACUCGACGACAUCCCAUCUCUACUUGAGGUUGAGGAAGCGGUACGGGAAAUGGCCAACAGAAAGGCCGUCGGGCCGGACGACCUACCGGCUGAGCUGAUCAAGCUUUUCCUGGACGGAGAUCAAGGUCUCCUCCGCGAAUUCCACGCCAUUGUCGUGGACGUGUGGCAGACUGGGGACGUACCACAGCAGUGGAAGGAUGCCACCAUCAAAGUGCUGUUCAAGAAGGGGGACACAACGGAGUGCGGCAACUACCGGGGCAUCUCGGUCGUCGCAAACGCCGGCAAGGACAGCCGCCUCCCCAAGCGCAUGCUGUUAGGAGCGAUGGCGGGGGGCGUGGGAUACCGGGGCGGGCAGGAGAGCGACUGGGUGUCUCGUCUAGGAGAGGACCUCGUGGCCUUCAACAUGGGAGACGAAAAGGAAGGGGGUGAAUGGAAAGAGAGCGCCAGGGACCCGGAGGUGUGGUACAACAAGGUCGAGGACGGGGCAGCAUGGUUUAUGAGGAAAUUGCACAGGCAGGAGGCGGAAGCGUCCGCGAAGCGCCAGCGCGCGAGGGACGCAGAAGCAGAGGGUCCGGCCAUCUCAGGACCGAAGAGAAAGAGGGUUGGGGAAGCGGCGGUGGGGGGGUAGAAGCGCGACCGGGCACUGCUGUAGAAGCGAGUAAGGCGGCCGAGGCAGCACUUGUGGCGAACUAUGUACCCGGCUGAUGUCGUUGCGCCCUGUUUCCCUCCUUGCUGUAUGCUAAACUCCUUUAUGUAUGUCCUUUGUAUUGCCUUCGGCCUCUGUGCUGUGCUUCUGUGUUUCGUUUUUUUCAUGACCUCCCUGCCUACUUUGCUGUGUUGGGUGCCGUGAUCUCGUUUUGCUGUUCCCUUUGUUUUUGUACGUCUGGCUGUCUGCCCAUCUGCCGCCUCUUUGUCCUGUUUGCUCCGUUACUCCCACGCCCUGGUGCAUAGUGCCUGGUGCUGGUACGGUACCCUUUGAUUUUUUCUUUGGGCGGGUGUGUGAAGCGUCCUCCGUAUUUGUGUUUUUGUCUUAUUUUGAUCGGUUUCCGAGGGCUCUUUUCUCGAACGGUCGGUGCGAUACCUGUUCUUUU